AAGAGUGAUAGAGAGGUUAGAUAACAAAUUUUCGAUUAUCUUGUUCUGCGGUAGACCCUCAGAUUAUGAUGGAUUGUGGUAGUUGCGGCCCCUACGCAGUUCGAUUUUCGCGGGUAGCCCUGUUGUCAAGUCGCCUUGAAAAUAAAUGAGGGUAGUUCAUAAAAAAGCGCGGCAACCAAUUUGUGAUCGUAUCACGAUCGUACGCAACGUUGAAUUAAAUAAAUUUAAUAAUGGCUUUUUAUACAAAGGAAAUGGCGGAAAACGCCGAAAUUAUGCAAGCUUGGAGGGCAGGGCACGGCGUGAGUAGAGAACGCGAUGAAGUCAUUAAUAUACCUCAGAUAUGCGACGAGAUUGGAAACUUGAUGCGGCGCGAGCGCCACCCCCGCAAGCGUCUCUCUCUACGCAGCUUCUCUGUCCUGCUCUCCGGCACCACACGGCUCUACAGGGACCAAGUCGAUUCUUUGUUGAAAGAUACUUUUGAAUGCAGUAUAAAUCCAGUGUCAGUCCCGCCGACUGUUGACGACACAAUCGCAGAGCCUUCAGAUGAAGAAUUGCCCGAGUCUAUAUCUAAUAUAGACGCAACUAAUACGAUAGAGUCUCCAGGUGAAGAAUUGCCCGAGUCUAAUAUAGACGCAAGUAAUACGAUAGAGUCUCCAGGUGAAGAAUUGCCCGAGUCUAAUAUAGACGCAAGUAAUACGAUAGAGUCUCCAGGUGAAGAAUUGCCCGAGUCUAAUAUAGACGCAAGUAAUACGAUAGAGUCUCCUGAAGAAUUGCCCGAGUCUAAUAUAGACGCAAGUAAUACGAUAGAGUCUCCAGGUGAAGAAUUGCCCGAGUCUAAUAUAGACGCAAGUAAUACGAUAGAAAAUAAUAGCCCGGAAAACAGAAACGUCUCAGAACCAAUGAAGUACAAUACGGACACAGAAUCAUUGCCUUCUGAAGAUUCAAAUGAAACUAUUGCUGAUGACGACUCUACGGUGUUUACAGUUACACCCAAUAGUAAAGAACAAAUUAACUCCAAAGAACAGGACGCGGCUGAAAAAACAAGAGAUCAAAUUGAAACAUCUCCAACUGCAUCUGGAACUCUCACCAAUUUCGACCCCGACCUCCCCUUCGGGUACAUCAUAGUGCACGAUAAUUAUCACUCUAGGAUACCUAGCAAGAUAUUAGUCUGUAACCUUUCCGAGGACGUUAAAUUUGUGCCAUUCACAGACCAAUGAACUGAGAAUAGUGCGCCUGAUAAAUUCGGUGCCAAUUUUUUUUAAUUUAUUUUGUUCAGUCGUCGUUUAAGGUUUAAGUGUUUUCUUACAGGCUGAUUUGAAAAUUUGAUUUGAUUUUUAUCUACUGUGAUUUAGAGGAAAGAGGAUGGCCGCUUAUGCAUACCAAAGUAGUCCUCAUUUUCCUCUAGAUUUUUUUUUCCAUAAUUUUAUGUAUAUCAACCAU